AGCAGAGCAGUUGCCAUGCGGAAGUUGGGCGGUUGCCAUGCGGAAGUAGUUCUCUUUGCCGUACAGGAAGGGACAGCGGAGGAAGCCAUGGACUCUGUGCCUUGUGUUCUUCUCACCAGCUGCGAUGCCGGGUUCAGUGAGGAGAAACUGGUGACAGAUAUCAUCGGCACAGACCAGCUUCCGGCGCUUGUACAGGAGACGGAGGGUGUGCGGCAUUACCCCUGGAGGAUAGACAACAAGUACUACACAGCCAUUGUAAAUAUUUGCAUCGUACCCAGCACAACCCAGGUGACCGCUCGUGUAGCCGAGUCUGUCCAGGCCUUCGUCGUGUACUUUGACAGCACAGUGAAAUCUGGUCUGGACACGGUGUCUCCAUGGCUUCCAUUGCUGGAAGAUUGGAUGCUGGAUGUCAUGAUCUUGGUGUGUGACCGGGCUUCUGAUACUGGUGUGAGCCGGCAGACGGCACAGGAGUGGUGUAUCCAACAUGGGUUUGAGCUGGUGGAGCUGAACCCGGAGGAGCUGCCAGAUGAAGAUGAUGAUUUCCCAGAGUCCACCGGUGUUACCCGAAUAGUACAGGCAUUAAAUGCCAAUGUGUGGUCCAAUGUGGAAAUGAAGGAUGAACAGUCCUUUGGGAUCUUCGGCUCCUUGGCGGCGGUGAACCUUAGCACAGAGAGCAGCGGAGAUCCACAGGAUAACGUCUCUGUAUCCAGUGUGGAGGCUGCAGUACAUCCUGCGGAUCCGGGACGAGGUGGAGAUUCUGGAAGUCAUUGCGAUUCUCAGAUUGAGUCUGUUGUGGACCCGAUGCUGGACCUCGAUAUCCGAGAACUCGCCAGUCUCACCUCGGGAGAAGGAGACAUGGAAAACUUUGGCCGGCUUUUCUCUAAACUUCAGGAAAUGAAGGGUAAAAAAAAAAACUACUUUGGAGAUAAAGCUGCGACAUUACCGCAUGAACAAAGAAAAUUGCACGCAGAAAAGGUUGCCAAAGCUUUCUGGCUGGCCAUUGGUGGAAAUCGUGAUGAAAUUGAAGGCAUUUCCUCGGAGGAUGAGAACUGAUGGCUGUAAGCAUAGCGGGGCUGAUUUCCGUAAAACUGGAGUUCAUAUUGUAGCUGUUAUCUCUAAAGACCAAUCAAAUUUCACCUUCUAUUUUCUCACCCGGUGAUGGAAUUUAGUCAAAGUUUCUGAUUGGUUGGUUGAUAUUUCCAGCAACUCCCAGUUUUUUAUAAAUCAGCCUUUUACGGCAUUAACACUAGUUUACCUGCAUCACUUACUUUUGGAUACCAGAGUCGCAUUCUGCUGCAGUGUCUACAGUUACCCGACGUCCUUACUGCCAGCACGUGUCUGGGGCUCUCCAUACGUGGGUUAGAUAUCAUAAUAAUUGUGUAUUUAUUAGGAGGCAACAAAUAUUAAUAAACUGUUUUAUAUUCAUUACA